AUGAGCCUACAGAGGAUGGCCAUGGCCACCUUCCUCUACAUCAAGGUCUUCCUCGUCCUCCUGCACUGCAUCCCCUUCGUCUCGGCGGCCAGAUGGAGAAGACAGAAGAUCUUCAAGUUGUGCCUGGUGGGCUUGGCCGUGGCCUACAGCAACACUGUCUUCAUUGUCCUCAUUGUCAUCCUCGUCCUCCUGCUCUUCAACGCCAUCUACGGACCCUCCAACGAGGCCUUUCGCAAGCAGGUGGAAGGCACCAGCCAAGCCACGAAACGCUACGUGGAGGACAAUGACACACUGAGGAAGGUGCGGGACAAGAAUGAGACACUGAAGGCGAAGGUGGAGAAGCUAAAGGAGGAGCUGGCGGCCAGCAAGUGCAUGCUGGAGAAGGCAGAGAAUGAGAGGCUGCCAUGGGAAUACGACCGGCUGCUGGACUAGCACACCCCACUGCAGGCUGCCAACGACAGUCCUCGGGACAAGAAGGAGUGA